AUGAGUUUCAUUAAGAAAAUAAUUUCUAUAUUUGAUUUUUCAGAUGAUUUUUAGAAUGAAUAUUUAUUAUUAGAUUACAAAAUACUAGGGUGUUCUAUUCUUUCAGCGGGUCUACCUCUUUUAGGUAGGUUUUAUAUAGAGCAAUCUAAAAAAAAUUAUUUUGGAGCUAGUUCUACUCUGAUUAAUGACAUAAUUAGUCAUGUAAAAGAAUCACCUCUUCUCUACUUUGAUGAGCUUAAGGAAAAAUCAUAUCCUAUAAUAAGAGCUACUAUAGAAGACCCAUAGGGAGAGUUAAAAUAGUCAUGGAUACAGUCAUAUGUAGCAAAUAAUCCAGAUUAAGCUAGCAAGGUGUUAAAUAAGAUUUUUAAAGCUUAAAAUCCUCUCGAUUCUUCUAAGGCUGUCAAUAUUGUUUUCAACGACUUAAAUGUAUUUAAUAGAGAAAUAUCAGGAUAUUAGCUAUUGGCGCAAAAUUAAGUAAACCCAUUUAUAGAUAUUCUUUCAUAUCUUGAUAUUAAAAACUCAUUUAAAGGCGUUACUCCAAGUUCAAAAUAAUUUUUUGAUUUUUCUGAUGUCUUAAUACAAGGAAUAAAACUAAAAGACAAAUAAAAUGGUGAAUAUCUACAAGUAACUCAUGUCUUCAAAGAUGCUAGGCUUAAUUUUACAGAUGAAGAAAUUAAAUUCCUCUCUAAAACUCAAAAAAUUUUUUUGUAUGUCUCAGCUGGAUUGGGAAUAUUCGCUUUAAUUAUGCUUAUUAGAAUUUUAAUAAAAAAAUACAAACUCAAAAAGUAAAAAUCUUAUUGA